AUGCAUGUGGAACGUCCAAAGGACAAUAUUCUCUCCUUCACAACUCAGAGGCAAGUCAACAGUCUCGGCAAGGUCCAUAAAAUUGUGAUUGCUUCUCUUCUUGGAAUUUUCCUGGCUCCAGCUCUUGCCAACAAGAACAUUGAGAAUGAGCACCACAGUGACAACUCAAACCACUCUGACACCGACCCAAAGGAGGGCUCUGAGGCCUGGAAAACUGUCUGGGACUUCAAGACUGGCUACGUUGCAACUAAAGUGUUUUCAAAGAACACCUGCAUCAUUGCUUCAACGAGCAGGAGGUUUUGGCUUGGCAAACGGUUUCCUACACCACCUCAAGGAGACACGGGAUCUCAGCCUCACCCACUGCCACCCAGAGAGAAUCGCUUCAUCAUCUCGAGGAACAGACUCCAGAGCUUGAGUCCUUAUGGAAAACGCAUCCAAGCUCUGUGCAGAGGAAUUCCCUCUUACCUGGCUUACCCAGCUCCUGGAUCAAACUUUUUAAGAGGAUCAAACUUCUCAGGAUCAAACUUCUUAGAACGACAUGUUUCAUGA